AUGAAUCAUUAUUAUUUUCUUGAACACAAUUCAUUAGAAACACCUGAAGAUGUUAAUAAUUUUGAUGAAGAGGGUACUUUCUUUUGUCCUAAACCAAUUCCAACAAGGCAAUUAAGAUGGAAAUUUUGCCAACAAAAUGAAGGGUGUGAAUGUGAUGAUUCCAAUGUAGAAGGGACAGAACUUUUUGACAUCGUUCAAAACCAACAAGUUUCAUUCUCACCACCUUAUUUUCUUGGAUCUCCUCCUGUUAGAACUUCUAAUCCUUUAAUCCAAGAUAAACAAUUUGGAUGUGAGAAACACGUUAUUCCUCAAUCAACAUUUGUAGAUUCAUCAUCUCCUUCUUCUACAUCAUCGAGUUUAUCGUCUCCAUCUUCGCCGUUGCGAAAAGGAGGGUGUGUUAGAAUGAAGUUUGGAGUUAAAUCGGCUAAGGUUAGAGUAGUUGGAUUUGAUUGCCAUGUUCCUUCGGUUGCUUAUUGUUCUUGA